AUGGACUUGGCGGCUCAGACCCAGUCGCAAGAACCCCCCAGCGAAGACCCGACGACGCAUAACGAUGGUGCUUCACAAUCCUCCUCCUCGAACAAAAUCGUGAAUUCUAGCGAUAGGGACCGCAGCGUCAGCCCCGAGGGCCCACCGCCGCCGUUACCCCCACGCCCCGGUACAUUGAGCCUGUUGGAUGAAGGGGCGGCCUCCUGCCGCUCGACACAAUCAGUCCUGCAGUCCCGGGCUACAACGGCUGUAUCGCUGACAGACAUCGCUUCUCGGGAAGGUGGAAAGGAAGGCCAUGCUUCUCUCAAUCCCCAGGGGGCACUAAAGGCUAAAGCGAGCCUUAGUCACUUGGCCAGCUCGCGAGGGAGUGAAACUGGCGACUCGGCCAGUAUUAGAAGCUCUAUACCGUAUGCGGAAACAAGUGACGUGGAGAAUGUCUUCAGUGACUUUAUUGCAACAGAACCUGGGUUUGGCCAACAGGAUAGCACCGGACUGCUUCAGUUCCCGGAAUUCCAGGCUGAUGAUAUCGAAGAAGGUUUCGCAAGUGAGUUUGAGAGGGUUGGGGAAGUGGGCGAUGAAGGAGAACAUGAAGAAAUGGUUCUAGAGAAAUGGAAAUCUAAGAGGAAGCAUUACCUUAUCCUAUCGGCUGCUGGAAAGCCGAUUUGGACGAGGCAUGGCGACGGUGGACUAAUAUCAACAUAUGUUGGUGUGAUCCAAACUAUUAUCUCGUUUUAUGAAGACUCCAAGGACAGAUUAAGCAGCUUUACAGCCGGCGAUACUAAAUUCGUCGUCUUAACCAAAGGACCAUUAUACCUCGUGGCAGUCAGUCGAUUUCUUGAAAGCGACACGCAGCUAAAGCUCCAACUCGAAGCCCUAUAUAUGCAAAUUCUAUCCACUUUGACUCUUCCGUCCUUGACUCAUUUAUUUUCCGUCCGCCCAUCAACCGAUUUGAAACGACCGCUCCAAGGAUCAGAGACUCUGUUAGCAACUUUGGCAGACAGCUUUACAAAAGGAUCUCCGUCAACACUUCUUUCGGCACUGGAAUGUCUGAAGAUUCGCAAAUCCCACCGCCAAACAAUCAACAACACAUUACUCAAGACCAAAGUUGCUGGUCUUCUUUACGGCUUGGUCGUUGCCGGAGGUCGACUAGUCAGCGUGGUACGACCCAAGAAACAUUCUCUGCAUCCUGGCGACUUGCAGCUUCUGUUCAAUAUGAUUUUUGAAGCCGAAGCUGUCAAAGCUGGCGGUGGUGAGAGCUGGAUCCCCGUCUGCUUGCCGGGAUUCAACAGUAGCGGGUAUCUGUAUAUGUAUGUCAGCUUUCUUGAUCUUCGAGAAGAUGCUGGCAACCUUGCAGACGCUACUACCACGAAGGAAGAAUCGGUCGCUAUUAUCUUGAUCAGUACAAAUAAAGAAAGCUUCUUUGAAAUGCAAGAAAUGCGUAACAAUUUCGUCGAGCAAAUGGAAAAGAACGGCAGCAUCAGCAUCGUCAAGGAGGCUAUAGAUAAAGGCCGACCCACGACCACCGACAUCAUCCCCGGAACGGUUCUGCAUCAUUUCUUGUACAAGUCGCGGGCGAAUGUACAGUUCACCAUGUCAUCCUACCACCCUGAAUUCAUAUCGGCCACACGGCGGCGAAGGCUUUUAUCAACAUACAACAAUCUCCAUGCGAGCAUCCACGCCAAGCACUCCCAUGUCAAAGUCCACCAUUGCGUGUCCCAGUCGUCUAGCUCCUUUGCAUGGGUCACGCCAGUGUUCGAACUCUACUGCGUUGCCGUUCCCAAUGCCAAUCGAAAUGCGCUUGCCCAGAGCGCAAGUCGAAUCGUGCAAUGGGUACAGCAGGAGGAGGAAAGGUUGUUUAUCAUCGGUGGCGCGGUCUUUUAA